AUGCGUGGUGCGGUCACUCUCAACUGGCUGAUCUUGCUGAUGUGGAUCAUUCGCGCAUGGCGUGGCUUCACUCGCGGCAACAUGCACUUUGACUCGCGCAUCUUUGCCGAAGCCCUCGAUGACCACGAGCUUUUGACGUUGUUGGCUCGCUUACCACCGCUGCCGCAGAGAUUCUUGAGAUCGUCCCUGGCAGGGCAGACAGCACACCCGCAGCAGGCUGCCACAAAAGAGUCGGAUCCAGUUUCCACCUUACUGCAGAACCCUAAUGGCCAGACACAGGCUCAUAAAUCUGCCGCCCCACACACCACCCCGGCCGCAAUUCAACCGCCCCACACGCCCCAGCUACCACCUGUUAGGACGGCGAUCGCAAGCAUCAAUCCCCAGAAUAUGGCCAAGGCUCUCCCAGUAUUCCCAGGUGGCGCAAGCCCCCAGCAGCAAGAGCCACCUGGAUUGCAUGCGAUAAACAUCACGCAUGCACACGAUUGCAGCCCUGCAUUUGAGACAAACGGAACGUCCAAGACUGUCGGCACCAUCCACCCGCAGUUCCAGAGCACACCAGCUACCGGUGCUAGCAGACAGUCCAGGUACCCAGCGCCGCCCCGUGCAACCCCACACUCAUCAGUGCUGCAACCUGCAUUCCCUGCACACGGACAGGGACCUCCAUCACAUACACGCGAAGCCUAAGCGCUAUUGAUUCCUACCCCUUAGCUACCUCUCC